AUGUUCGAAACCACCAUCUCUCUUCCGUGCCUCCGUCGUCCUUCUCCCUGGCGCUUUCCGUGGGCGUAACAAGUAAUGAUUUUUUUUUUUCUGUCGAGCCAGGUUUUCAAAUUAUGUUUUCGGGUGUUUAUAGGUAGAAAGCUUGAUUGGGUAUUUUGGAAUUUGAUGUAAGAAAUCAGAUGCAUUUGAUCGACUAGGGUUUUAUUUUCCAGCAUCGAUUCAUUUGAUUUCGAUUAUCUUCUACUCGGAUCAGCUUUCUUCAUCAAAGCUUCCAGGUACUUUUUUACUCUCGCUGCAUCCACAUGACAGAAGCUUUGGAUUGUAUGUGGUUUCAAAUUCUGAUCUUUCUCUAGCUCGUUAUUGCUUUGAAUAUUCCCAUGGAAAUAUCAUAGAAUUAAACAAUUUUUGGUUAUCACCCAUCUAAGAUGUAUGAUUUCGAUGAAGAAACCUAGUAGUGGUAGUGGAAGGGCUUGAUCUGUUUAUUUAGUUCUUUGGGAUGAACAGAACACGUUUAUUGCUGUUGAUAAUUGGAACAUGCUCUAAAAUUCAGUGUCUAUGCAAUCUUAAAGGGUGGAGUAUGACCAUAUGGUGCCGCUUUAGAGGGUGACUAGUAAAGGGGGUUAUUGCAGCUGAAUGUUGCUGUAGUUAAUUUGUGAUCAUAUGAAAAGCAUAAUGAUAGAAUUUUUGGUAAUGUUUGAUUUAAUUUGAUGAAUUAAGUAGUUCCUUUGGUUCUUGCCAUAUUUACAUUGCCUUUUCUCUUCUUUUUUUGGGGCAUAGUAUCAAAUCCCGUAUUAAUCAGUUCUUUAUGGAAUAUCGGGUAUUUAAUUGCUUAAUCUAUUUUAUUCAUUCCCAUUUUGUUUUGAUUGCUUACUAAUAAGUUCCAUUGAUUUUUUUUUUCGUGCAAUUCACCUCGCUUACACAGAGAGUACAGAGCCAAGUGGAUGUUUUGGAAUACUUGAGAUCCAUUUCUCUUUUCUUUUCUUUUCUUUCCCUUUUUUUUAUUUUCAUUUUUCUGUUUUUUAUAUUUAUUAUUGUGUAAUUGGGCUGAUGUUAUUUCUGUAUUUAAGUUUACAUUAACUCAUUACUUCACAUAAAAACCAAAAACAUGGUGGGGUCUCAACAUGAAUAACAAGUAAUGCUGGAU